UGGUUGGAUUACCGUCCAAUAGGAAAGAAGAGCCGGCGUCUGGUAUUUACAUAAAUUCUUAGCUGUCCGCCGGCCGUCCAAUCGGAUUCCGGCGAUUUGGAGCCUUCAUUUGAAUAUGGAGACGAUAAAUAGCGCUGUGGGCGCCGCCUGUCCGCAUCUGGGCACCGCCCCGCCAUGCCAGAGCCGUCCCGCUCGGCUCCCGCGCCCAAAAAGGGCUCCAAGAAGGCCAUCGCCAAGGCGCAGAAGAAGGACGGCAAGAAGCGCAAACGCGGCCGCAAGGAGAGCUACUCUAUCUACGUGUACAAGGUGCUGAAGCAGGUGCACCCCGACACCGGCAUCUCGUCUAAGGCCAUGGGCAUCAUGAACUCGUUCGUCAACGACAUCUUCGAGCGCAUCGCCAGCGAGGCCUCCCGCCUGGCGCACUACAACAAGCGCUCGACCAUCACGUCCCGCGAGGUGCAGACGGCCGUGCGCCUGCUGUUACCCGGCGAGCUGGCCAAGCACGCCGUGUCCGAGGGCACCAAGGCCGUCACCAAGUACACCAGCUCCAAGUGAGGUGCGCCGGGCGCCCCGGAACCCAAAGGCUCUUUUCAGAGCCACCUCUGUGCUCAGAAAGGAGCGUGCCACCCGGUGUGGUUGUGAUGUGGUGCUCCAGGGGGUCGGGGCACCUGGAGUGCGCAACGGGGCGCAAACCCUGGCCUAAAGCUGAGCUCCUCUGCAGACGUGUAUCUCUCAAAGGCAUCUUGGGUCAGUCUCCACCGAGCCAGCAGCGGGAGAGGGAGAGCGGCCUUGACUUUAGGCGGAGACUCUGUGGGGUGAGGGCGCGCUUCACUUCCAGGAAGUCCUCAGGCCAACCUCCCCAACCAGCACUCCCCUGUCUCUUAAUGGGUGAGGUCGCUGGGCACGACCGUGUGAGGCCCUGGGUGUUGCGCAGCCUUGGCGGUUGGCGCUCGUUCCCGUCCUUCCCGCCUUUGCCUCACUGGGCACCAGGAGCUUCUGGCCAAAAAACUCAAGCAGUGUUGAGUUUAAGCAGACUUUUAUGGGCACUUAGGCGUUUCUAUCGGAAAAAGUCAAAACGGCGGGAGCACACAUCAUGGCCUCCAUCCUCCCACUUCGCUAAAAUCCUUCCUAUUAGGAGGUUGCUUUUCGAAAAACGUGUAUAUUUUUAACAUAAGCCUAGUAAACGGCCAAACAGCCUUUUAUACUUUUUAAAAAUUCAAUUAGUCAACUUACAGUACAUUCUUAAUUUCAGUUGCAGUGUUUAAAAAUUCGUGAAUUUCUUACAACACCCAGUGGAAAGAGCCUUUUUAACAAAACGAAUAGAGGGCAUUUAAGGAAAAACAAAAAGAAGUAAACCAUAUGCAAAGGGUAUAACUUGCCUGCUUCAUAACUGAAGCACUGGGCCUGACAGGCCUGACUGCCCUCACCCUAGAAAACAUCCCACUGUACUAGUGACCCCCGAAUUACCAAGACCACCCCGAGAUCAUCCUAGUCUCGACAGCCUGCAAGCCUCCCAGGAUUUGGACUCGAGCCUCGGUUCCCUCAGUGGGCCUCCUGAUUCCUGUCCCUUAUGGGACUUAGGUUCUCUCUGGCGACUACCACACUUCUGUCAACAUUUAACCUCUUAUACAGUAAAUUUUUGUUUGCUUUUGUAAUUUUUAUUAAAGGGAUAGCCCCUCCCGAUCUAUCUUUGGUUUACUCCAUAGUAAUUAGCAAAUCUGACUUGAAAUUUUCAGCUGAGGUUGGGGGAGGGGAGAGUCUCUUAAAUGCAUCUCAGAUAGGAUACCUUGAAAAAUCCCUCCAGUGCCUUUACUUGGUUAUCUCAAACCCAGAGAAUUCUUCCAUUGUAUUGAGCCUAUGCAUUGUCAAUACCCAGCGAACCCCUUCCCCCAACCUCCAGCUUAACAUAAAUAACAUUUCUCUUUCUCUGUUGCCGCAGUAUUACAGACAUGGGUUCUGUAUUCAAUUUCCCUCCAUUUUCUUGAUUAUAAAUUCUCAACAGCGGAGACUCCGUGUCGCCCUGCAUUUUCCUUAAUAGAUUCCCUGGGAGGAGAGGGCGCAUCCAGGCCCAUUCUUCGUCUGAGGCUGCUGCUGGCUGUCUCUG